AUGGCGAUCCAAUUCCGUUCACUUUUCCCCUUGGCACUGCCCGGAAUGCUGGCCCUCCUCGGUUGGUGGUGGUUUUUCUCUCGUAAAAAAGACCCCAUCGGCAGCCACGACAAACAGAUGGAGGCCAGCACCGUGGAGCUGAGGGCCAGCCCUGCCACCGAGGAACCGCUCCCUAGGGAGGACACCUGUCCUGGAGUCGCGGCCAUGCCCCCUGGCCUCACCCAGCCACCGGAAAAGGAGCCGACCCCCGCCAGCAAGCCCUCCGUGGAGCCGUCAGCCCUGCUGCGGGCUCAUGCCGCCCGCCGGAGAUCAGAGUCCUCUGGCAGCCUUCUGAACAGCACGGACACGAGAUUUCGACCAGGAGCACUUAAAGAGGACAGUGCAAGGGUGGAGCUAGCCCUGGCAGGCGACGAAGCCAAGCCUGUUCCCCUAGAGUGUCCCCUGCCAUCCCCAAAGGGCGUCCCGUUUCCCCACGAGGCGGUUGAGGAGUGUAAGCAAGAGUCGGAGCUGGCCAGGACGGUGGGGCAGGGCCAGCAGGGCCAGUCCGCGGCCCCCGUGGAGCCACCCAGCCCUGGGGAGAAGGCCAGGGAGAUGGGCGGGGCCGAGGGCACUGGCGACGCGGUGCUGGGAGAAAAUAGGCUGGAAGAAGGUUCGUUGUCCCAGGAGCCGGGCGAGCUGCAGAGCAGCAGGGCACCUGGCCUGGCUCCCUUGGGAGGAGGCGGAGAGCGGGGGAGGAGCAGCCCGCCGGCGGCGGUGGACCAGGAGGCUGUGGGGAAGUUGCUGAGUGGCUUCGUGGAGUCCGCCCAUGUGGAGCUGGCCACGGCCGACGGGCCCGCGGCACCCCGGGUCCGAGGCGGCAGAGCCUGCCAUGGAGAUGUCCCGCGGGAGCUCGGCCGAGAAGAGACCCUGGACAGAAACGAGAAGAUCGAGCAGGCCGCCUUCCAGAUCAUCUCCAAAGUGAUCUUGGAAGCCACCGAGGAGGUGCUGGCCACCACGAUGGGCAGGAUCACCGAUCGAAUCUAUCAGGCCUCGGCAGGUCAGCUCCAGAAGAAGGAGGAGGAGAGCUGUGCCCUGGCCAGCCAGAAAACUGCGCGGGGCCACGAUGCCUCGGAGCCCGCUCUGGCCGCAGCGGAGGCAGCUGUGGGCCGGGCAGACGCCGUCCUCCCCGCCGCAGACCUGCCGGCAGGAGACUUGCCACCACCAAAGACCUAUGUGAGCUGCCUGACCAGCCCUCUGUCCAGCCCCACCAAGGACAGGAAACCAAAGAACUCCGCGUACCACAUGUCCCUGGCCCCCUGUCCCCCACCGGCCGCCCCCCUCGGAGAGGCGCCGGACGAGGCAGGCGUCCUGGGGGAAGAUGCCGCCUGUGUCACCUGCGUGUCCAACACCAGCCAGGGUGUCCCCUCAGUGGCCUCCUCUGGGCAGUGCUCAGCAAUCAGCAUGUCGGGGCUCGAAGACUCUUGUCCAGAGACCACCUCCAGCCCCAGGGACAAGGCCCUCACCCCGCCGCUGCCAGAAAGUGCUAUGCCCUUCAGCAAUGGGGUGCUGAAGGGGGAGCUGUCGGACUUGGGGACUGAGGAUGGAUGGACCGUGGACGUGGAAGCAGAUCAUUCGGGAGGUUCGGACGGGAACAGCAUGGAUUCGGUGGACGGCUGCUGUGGCCCCCGGAAGCCCGACGGUUUCCAGAAUGCCCAGGCGGGCUCCAAUCCCAAGAAGGUCGACCUCAUCAUCUGGGAGAUCGAGGUGCCAAAGCACCUCGUUGGUCGGCUGAUUGGCAAGCAGGGACGGUAUGUGAGUUUCCUGAAGCAGACGUCUGGUGCCAAGAUCUACAUCUCCACCCUGCCUUACACCCAGAACAUCCAGAUCUGCCACAUAGAAGGUUCUCAGCAUCACGUAGACAAGGCGCUGAACUUGAUUGGGAAGAAGUUCAAGGAACUGAACCUCACCAACAUCUAUGCCCCCCCACUGCCCUCACUGGCACUGCCUUCUCUUCCAAUGACUUCCUGGCUCAUGCUCCCGGAUGGCAUCACCGUGGAGGUGAUCGUGGUCAACCAGGUCAAUGCCGGGCACCUGUUUGUGCAGCAGCACACGCAUCCCACCUUCCAUGCUCUGCGCAGCCUGGACCAGCAGAUGUACCUCUGCUACUCCCAGCCUGGGAUCCCUACCUUGCCCACCCCAGUAGAAAUAACGGUCAUUUGUGCUGCCCCGGGCGUGGACGGUGCCUGGUGGCGAGCCCAAGUGGUGGCCUCCUACGAGGAGACCAACGAAGUGGAGAUUCGCUACGUUGACUACGGUGGAUACAAGAGAGUGAAAGUAGAUGUGCUCCGGCAGAUUCGGUCUGACUUUGUGACCCUGCCGUUCCAGGGAGCAGAGGUCCUUCUGGACAGCGUGAUGCCCCUGUCAGAUGAUGACCACUUCUCCCCCGAAGCGGAUGCAGCUAUGAGCGAGAUGACAGGAAACACAGCACUGCUGGCUCAGGUGACGAGUUACAGCCCAACUGGCCUUCCUCUGAUUCAGCUCUGGAGUGUGAUUGGAGAUGAAGUGGUGUUGAUAAACCGGUCGCUGGUGGAGCGAGGACUUGCUCAGUGGGUGGACAGCUACUAUGCGAGCCUCUGA